AUGGAGAUGGUGGCUCCUUCCAGCCAUACGACACGUAACAUAUUAGGGAUGAUAACAGUCAGGAACACAAUUUCAUUGAGCGAAAAUUGCUGGAGGAAGAAGUACAUGGGGGAAUGUAGUUUUGCCCUGGUUGACACCAAUACGAUGAUCAUAGAGUUUAUGAUUUCUAGUUCUUCACCAUCACUAACUGAAGCGAAAAGGAAAAUUCUCAAGCUCCUGAACUUUGACAGAAAAUCUUCACAACCAAAUGUUGAAAAAGGUAUCAUAAGCUUCUACAUGAAAUGGGGUCUCUACAUUGACAAACUAGACCAGAGAACUCAGGAUCAGAUCUUCAAAGUGUCUGUUGUUGACAUUCUAAUGACCACAGACAUUAUCCCUAAUUUACUUUAUAUUAUAUUACAUGAAGGUGGCACCAUUUCUAUUCCUGCCUGUAUAUUACAAUUUAAUGUGUUUGCUCAUUCAGUGUCAUUAGAGUGUCUCAUCCUCAUGGUGAUGUCAUAUGACCGAUAUCUGGCUAUCUGUCACCCACUGCGAUAUAACGCUAUCAUCAACAAAGCAUUUUGUGUGAAAUCUGUCAUUGCAUCGUGGUUGAUGAGUUUCUUGGUGCCAUUGUUCAUUGAAAUAGAUCUAUACAAAUUAGUCUUCUGUGGACCAAAUGUUAUUGACCAUUUCUUCUGUGACUUACCUCCUAUUCUAGAGCUUUCUUGUUCAGAUACUUCACUUAUUCCCAUUCAUACAACUUUAGUUGGCCUUAUUGGUGUGGUAUGUCCAUUUAUAACAAUCAUUGUUUCUUAUGUGUUCAUCAUCACCACCAUCCUAAACAUCCGCUCCAUCAGCGGGAGACAGAAAGCCUUCUCCACCUGCAGCUCCCACCUGACUGUUGUGUGUAUAUAUUUUGGAACUCUACUUUCUGUGUACAUGGUCCCAGCCAAAGGACAACUGUUGGCUACAAGUAAGAUAUUGUCGCUGCUUUACACUGUGGUGACACCUCUGCUUAAUCCAUUCAUUUACAGCCUGCGGAACAAAGACUUCAAGGAGGCCUUUGAGAAACUGAAACAUUAUUUGAUUUAA